AUGAGAGAAAGCAAUACUACAACCCCUGGUCAACCAAAUGUCCCAAGUCAACCUUCAUGCUCUAACAUAGUGAGGAAGAGUCCAAGAAAACAUAACACAUUAAGGAUAAGUCCAAGAAAACAUCAGCAACAGGCAGGUUCUAAAAGAUUUAGGAAAAAUAGUAUUGAUGUACCUAGGAAGAAGUUGUGCACAAGGAGAGGUGGUGGGAGGAUUGGUUCUGCAAAAACUGGGAAUAAUACUCCAACUAUAGGUACUCAAGAGAGUGUGGUUCAACAAGUUCCAGUUGUUGAUGAGGGUGAAAAUGUGAUGGGUGAAAAUGUCAUGCAAGAAGGUUAUAAUGUGGGUCAAAGUGUGGUUCAACAAGUUCCAGUUGUAGAAGUUCCUACUGUUGUAGAAGAAGGUGUUGUGCAGGAAGAAGGUGUUGUGUAG